CCAGUAUCCAGGAAGGAUUCUGCUUUUGGCCCCAAUCAGCCGGGGUGGGCCAAGGCUAUGGAGACGUUCCAGGCCCUGAGCACACUCUGAGUUGUAUCCUAACAGCAGCUAAGUUUCUUGCGACCCUGCAGGAGGUGAUGUGGGAGGUCCUGCAUGGGAACCCGCACAAAUGCCACAAUUUUUGGAGAUGGUGGAGCUGCAGAUCAGCCUGAAGAACUAUGACCCUCAGAAGGACAAGCAUUUCUUGAGCACCAUCAGGCUCAAGUCCACCCUACACGCCAAAUUUUCUGUGUGCGUCCUGGAUGACCCGCAGCACUGCAGUAAGGCCAAGGCUGUGGACAUCCACCAAAUGGACACUGAGACACUCAAGAAGCUCAACAAGAACAGGAAGCUCGUCAAGAAGCUGGCCAAGUACGAUGCCUUCCUGGCCUUGGAGUCCCUGAUCAGGCAGAUACCCCGAAUCCUGUGCCUGGGCCUCAACAAGGCCUGCUGACACACAGUGAGAACAUGGUGGCCAUUCGACAAGGUCAAGUCCACCAUCAAGUUCCAGAUGAAGAAGGUGAUGUGUCUGGCCAUGGCGGUUGGCCCUGUGAGGAUGACAGGUGACAAGCUUGUGUGUAACAUCCACCUGGCUGUCAGCUUCCUGGUGUCAUUACUUAAGAACUGGCAGAAUGUGCAGGUCUUGUACAUCAGGAGCACAGUGGGCAAGCCUCAGCUCUGUUAGAGCUGUCCAGUAAACCCUGUGCCCAUCUCUGGGGAAUAAAAAAAGACUAUUGGGAAA